ACAUGUCCCGCCGCAAGCAAGCGAAGCCACAACAUCUCAACUCGGACGAAGAAGCGUUGCAAACUGACGUCGCAUCACAACAUGCACAAUUGGAGGGAAUGGACAAGGAGGAGCGGCACAGUAACAGUGAAGAAACGCACGUGUGUGAAAAAUUUGCUGAGUUCUUCACCUGGGCCGAACUGUAUGAGCACCAGAGAAGCUCCACAGAGGACCCAGCUCAGGUCCUCAUUGUGAAGGAAGAUGAGGGGAUGCCUGGACCUGAGGGAUCCCAAGCUGGAUCCUCCCGAACCCCCAGCCUGGCCCUUCUUAGCCUGGCCCCCAGCAACUCAGCAGACAUUAUUGAGUCAGUGGACUGGGGCCUUGAGCUGGUGGAGCCUGUGAAUGAUAAUGAUAAUGACAGCACAGAUAUGUUAGAGGAGAUGAACAUGGGAGAGAGGGAGGAUGAAUCCAUGGAGAUGGAGCAGCAGCACCACGACAAACAUAAGUCAUCUGGCCCCCAGAAUCCCCCAGAAAGAACCGAGUUGGCCAUCCCUUCAUUUCAGUCGUCCGCUGUGACCAACAGCAUGCCCAGUACGAACGUAACGCUGGAGAUCCUCCACAGUACCCAGGUGGCUGUGGCCCAGUUCUCCCAGAGCCUCCACAGUAGUGGGGCAGGAGGGAAGGCGGCCACAGCAGCCAUCCUAGUGAUCCUGGAGCACCUGCUGGCUUUGCAACAGCAACAGGUCCACCAGUUGCAUCUUAUUGAGCAGAUCCGUAGCCAGGUGGUCUCCAGGGCCCUAUCACUGGCACCGAACCCUUUCCCCUCCCAAGGUCUCAUCGCUCCCCCUGUCCUACCACAGUAUGGGACGAUACCCUCUGCCGUCAAUGGACAAGUGUCUGUGUCUUUGGCAUCUGUGCUUGAGAGGUCCCACACACUCACCUCACAAACUUCAUAUGGACAGGCCCACACGAGAGAUGUUAUAUGUACCUCAGCUCCCUCGGACAACUCUGCCCCUCCCCCUACUAGCUGCAACAAUAUUUCCUUAUUACAGCCUACCUACACGGGUUCACAUACAAGUGGUAGCUGUACUCAGACCCAGACAUCGUCCAGCCCACUGUCCAUGCAGGGUCAGAGCAACAGUCUCCUCAGCUCACCAUCCAGCCUGCCGUUUCUACCUCAGAGCCCCCCCAGCAGUGUCAUCUUCCCCAACCCCCUGGCCAAAAUCACAGCCACGACUAACGCUCUCGACCCCUUCUCUGUCCUGAUGAAGCACCACCGGAAUGGCAAGCUGCCCAAUGUGUCCAUGUUUGACACCAAGCCCAGCCCUGAGCAGCCCUUUUUCAAGCAUAAGUGCAGGUUCUGCGCCAAAGUGUUUGGCAGCGACAGCGCGCUGCAGAUCCACCUGCGCUCUCACACUGGGGAGAGGCCCUUCAAAUGCAACAUCUGUGGCAAUCGCUUCUCCACGAAAGGGAACCUGAAAGUCCACUUCCAAAGACACAAAGAAAAGUAUCCCCAUGUUCAGAUGAACCCUUAUCCAGUGCCAGAAUAUUUAGACAAUGGAAUGUCAUUCCCUCCUGAAAAACCAGCAGCCACUUGGCUGGAUAGCAAGCCUGUUUUAGCGCCCUCUAUGGGCCUUCAGCUUCCCUCCACUCUCACUACUAUGGGAAGCUCAAGUGACUUUCUAAGUGUCACACUAUCCAUCAAAUCCCCUUUUAGGCCCUCCCCAGACUCAAGUGAAUGUGUGUCUUUGUCGCCGAACACUACAGGCAAUGAAACCAGUGUUCCCACAGCUUUAGAGUCUCCACAGUCUAAUCAGGAGGGGGAAGCCUCCAACGUCUUGAAAGCAGAGGAAAUGCACCUGCCCCAAAUCUGCACGACUAAACCCAGGGUGAGUCCAAUUACUGUGACAACAAGUACAGCCAUGACUAUGACCACAUCCACACCUGAGCCCAGUGCUCCAACUUCCCCCGUUUCCAACUCCUCACCACUUUCCCUGGCCUCUGACCUGUUCAAAGCCAAGUUUCCAUUCGGUGGCCUCUUGGACUCUAUGCAAACGUCAGAGACCUCAAAGCUCCAGCAGCUGGUGGAGAACAUAGACAAGAAAAUAACAGACCCCAACCAAUGUGUCCUCUGUCACCGCGUGCUUAGCUGCCAGAGCAUGCUGAAGAUGCAUUACCAUAUCCACACUGGGGAGAUGCCCUUUCAAUGUAAGGUCUGUGGCAGGGCUUUCACCACCAAAGGAAACCUUAAGACACACAUUGGUGUCCACAGAGCAAACCCUCCUCACCGGGUUCAACAUUCAUGUCCCAUCUGCCAGAAGAAGUUCACCAACGCUGUAGUGCUACAGCAGCACCUUCACAUGCAUAUGGGGAGUCAGAUCUUAAACUCACCGUUAAUGGACGGCCUGCAGGACCUGGACAUUGAUCUCUCCUUCCAUGAGAAAAACUUUGACAGCCUGAGUAACUAUGACAAUGACCUCAUGGAUGACAACUCCAUGGAGGAGGAUGACGAAGAAGAAGAAGAAGAAGAAGAAGAAGAAGAAGAAGAAGAAAAAGAAGAAGAAGAAGAAAAAGAAGAAGAAGGUGUAGAUCCCCUCAAACCCCUGAGCUCUGUCUGUAGUUCUCCUCCCUACUCUGAUGCUGUUGUCUCCAGCAUAGCUGCACCGGAGAACCAAAUGAAAAUGAUAGACUCCACCAUAAACCUAAACCACUCCUUUGGGCUAAAGUCAAUGAUGAAUGGAUGUAUGGACAGUGAACGCUGCGCUGCUAUCCACUCCUCUACAGUGGGAGAAGGACAGAAUCACAAUGCAGCCGGCAGCCCAACCGUGUCUGAAUCGUCCACCCACAUGCAUGUACCAGUGUCACCUGCACAAAGCAACUCUGAGGUCCACCUCUGCAAAUCCCUGUCUGGGAAGCACAGUGGAGAAUCCCAAGAGAUCACAGCCUCAGUGAAGAGUGAGCAAUCUGAUUCGCCCACCUUGACUCCGGUACUGGAAAAUGGAGUGGCCCUGGAUCUGAGAGAACGUGGUGCCAGCCAAAGCAUUCCUGGCCUGGUUACCAGCAUUGUGCCAAGGAUGAUCAAAUCUGAAAUGAAUGGGUACCAUCGACCAAUGAACUUCAACGAGGGGCUGCAUCAUCCAUUUGGCCUCCCGGUUCCUGCCACUCCUCCAUCUCUGGUGAGCCCAGGAAUCACCUCUCUGCUUGGGCCACCUCAACCUCGACGGACCCCUAAGCAGCACAACUGCCACACCUGUGGAAAGAACUUCUCCUCAGCCAGUGCUCUACAGAUCCAUGAGAGGACCCACACAGGGGAGAAACCUUUUGGCUGCACCAUCUGUGGCAGGGCAUUCACAACUAAAGGAAACCUGAAGGUACACAUGGGCACUCACAUGUGGAACAAUGCACCAGCCAGAAGAGGCAGGCAUCUGUCGGUGGAGAACCCCAUGGUCUUGUUGGGUGGGGAAGCUGCCAUGAAGUUCGGAGAGAUGUUUCAGAAGGACCUGACGGCACAGGCCAUGAACGUGGACACAGGGUUCUGGAACCACUACACAGAAGCUUUAACCAAUGGCCUGGCCAUGAAGAACAAUGAGAUCUCAGUGAUCCAGAAUGGGUGGAUUCCACAGCUUCAUGCCAUGACGGCAGGAACGGACAGAGUCAGCACUGGAGGUAGCCCACCAAUGACCAGUCUAGGAAAGACAGCCAUGGACCUUGGAAUUAACCGAUACUUUUCUAUGUUAAUUGAUGACAGUAAAAAGAUUGGGAUCAAUUGAAAUAAGUUUAAUGGUAGAUUAAUAAGAUAAAUAUAUUAUACAAACAAUGUAGAGAAUCAUUAAUUGAUUUAUUUGUAAACAUCUACA